GGUUUGGAAUGGAAGCUACAUUUUUCCUGAUUAUGGCGUAUUCCCACACAUUAACCCAAGGAAUGACCGCUCUGUCAAUUGGUGUAGCAUUCAGUGGUUUCGCCAUUUCCGGUUUCAAUGUUAACCAUCUAGACAUCGCUCCCCGGUAUGCAAGUAUUCUGAUGGGAAUGUCCAACGGGAUAGGAACGAUAGCUGGGGCCAUUUGUCCGUAUGUGGUUCAUCUAGUUGUUAAGGAUAAAGUAAGUUGGUUUGGAAUGGAAGCUACAUUUUUCCUGAUUAUGGCGUAUUCCCACACAUUAACCCAAGGAAUGACCGCUCUGUCAAUUGGUGUAGCAUUCAGUGGUUUCGCCAUUUCCGGUUUCAAUGUUAACCAUCUAGACAUCGCUCCCCGGUAUGCAAGUAUUCUGAUGGGAAUGUCCAACGGGAUAGGAACGAUAGCUGGGGCCAUUUGUCCGUAUGUGGUUCAUCUAGUUGUUAAGGAUAAAACGAAAGAAGAAUGGAGAAUAGUGUUCAUAAUAUCUGCCUUGAUACAUUAUUCGGGUAUAAUUUUCUAUGGUAUUUUUGCUUCUGGUGAACUUCAACCAUGGGCAGAUCCAACAGUAGAGGAAGAGAAGCACUGGAACCAAAUGAACGAGGGUAUACCAGUAAAAAAGUCACCUACUCAAACCAGUAGUAUACUCCAGAGACAGCCUAGUGGUGCAAAAGCUAACUAUGGUUCCGUGGAAACGCCAUUGCCACCUCGUCCACCUAGACCUCAAUUCCAGUCAUCUGUAGAUGAUCCCACAAGACAAGCGGGACAAACUACAGUAGCAGCCCAGCCAGCGCCACCAUUCGAAAAGUGA